AUGUCUCCCGAUAUGCAGCAACUGCUAGCCAACGAUCCCUACAACGAACGGCGGAUUUUCGUUCUAUCAUGCCUGCACGACGCAAUCUACUUUCUUCGCCAUGGACCGGAUCGUCGUAACGAUGUGAUUUCCUCGUUGCAGGAGGAGGUUCUUGGCGCAAUUAGCAUCGGUAUCUCAAGUGCGGUUGUGGAACACGAUGUCCUGUUUGAGCGGCUGUGCCGUAACCUUGAGCUUACUGUGCCGAUCGCACUCAGAACUCUCAGAAGGCAUAACGACCGGGAGAGCGAUGAGGAUGUUGCCGAUGAUCUCAUCAGCUGCAUCCCCACUACUUUGCAACAACCUGAUCAAUGGGACCCGCAAGUCGAAGAGAUUUCUGAUGAGGAACGGUUUGAGCAGGAGGAGCAUAAUAGACGUCGCCGCCUUCACAGAUAG